CGCGUUCAACUUAAAAAUGCCAGAUCAAAAGGACUUGGAUGGCGCAGCAGACAUUUUUUCCUGGAACAGGUGGUUGUUGUCAAAACUAGGGUUGUGGCCAGCCGAGAAAAGCGAUUUUCGAUUUGGUCUUAGUUUUGGAUAUUUUAUGUAUCAUAUGACGAUGGAGUACUUAGAUUUGUUUCUAUUUAUCGACGACCUAGAACAUGUUAUCAUGAAUUUAACAGAGAAUAUGGCCUUUUCACAAAUAGUUGUAAGGAUGCUCAUGCUUAGGGUCUACAAUUUUGAACUGGGCGAAGUCGUAUCGGAAGCCAUGACUGACCUUGAUAUUAGAAAAUACAAAACUGAAGAAGAAAAAGAAAUGGUCAUUCAAUAUAAUUCGAGAUCAAAAACAUUUGUGAAGUUAUUGAUGGCAAAUGUUGCUCUAACGGCAACGUCUUAUUACUUUCAACCAAUUCUUGGUCAAAUUGGUUCUCUUAUUGGGCCUGCUGAUAAUUCGACAUUUGUUCUGCAACUUCCAUAUCGCUUCUACUGUUUUUACAAAGUGGAUGAGGUGCAAUCUUACAUGUGGACGUAUUUUUCUCAAUUUCCUUUUGUUUUCGUCAGCGGAUUUGGCCAAAGUGCAGCGGACUGUCUUAUGGUGACCCUUGUUUAUCAUGUGUCUGGUCAAUUGUCCGUUCUUGCACAAAGAAUUAGCAAUUUAACCGUCGAUUCACGAACAUGCACGGGAGAAAUUAAAACCGUCAUCAAGGAUCACAUUCGCCUUUUAAGAAUGGGAACAAAAAUUCAGGAAGCAUUUAGUAUAACCUUACUAGCUCAUCUUAUUGGUGCCACUUCUUUGGUGUGUAUACUGGGUUACCAAAUUUUAAUGAAUUUCGCAAAUGGAGAAACCGCGAUUCUUGGGACAUUUGUGGCAUUUAUUUUUCUUGUGCUUUUAGUACUUUAUGCCCACUGUACAGUUGGAGAAUGUUUAAUAACUGAGAGUGAAAAAGUUUGCGACGCAUUUUACGACUGCGAAUGGUACUGCAUGUCUACAAACAAUGCAAAAAUCAUCAUGCUCUGUAUGGAACGAUCACAAAAACCACUGCGACUAACGGCAGGCAAAUUCAGCAUGUUUUGUCUUGCUACAUUAACAGAAGUACUCAAAACUUCAAUGGGUUACCUAUCUGUGCUGAGGAAUUUUCUAUGAGCACAUUUUUUCUGCAAUAGAGAUUGUUAUGCAAAUACUGGUAUCUGCGGCUUCUGAAAAAUA